UGCAAUGUCAAACGAAACGGAGAGUAACCAGGGAUGAACGCCAUGUCUGAUCCCGCUGUUGAGGAGUAAAUAAAAGCCGAGGAGAGGAGACUCGAGGUAAGGUGAGGUGCAGAGCAGACCCGCUAGGCUCUUCAAUGCGCUUUAUCAACUCUGCUCCAGCCUCGGCCAUGGCGGACAAUCCAGCGGGGAAUGCGCACAGCUCUGCGGCUUCAAAAGCGCAGCUCCGCGCCUCACCGCGCCUCAAAAAACUCGAGAAACUCGCUGUCUACUCUUCCUGCAAGGCUGAGGAGGCUUGUAAGUGUAAUGGCUGGAAAAGCCAAAAUCCACCUCCAACUCCACCCUCUCCAACCCCACCUAGGGCGCACCAGGCAAACUCUGUUAAUCUACUUGAGCCUUGCAGGAGCUGCAGCCACCCGUUAGGAAAUCAUGUUACACAUCUGGAGAACAUAUCAGAAGAGGAGAUGAACAGGCUACUGGGUAUUGUGCUGGAUGUGGAGUACCUCUACACUUGCGUCCACAAAGAGGAGGACGCUGACACUAAGCAAGUUUACUUCUCCUUAUUCAAGUUGCUGAGGAAAUGCAUCCUACAAAUGGGGAGGCCAGUGGUGGAGGCAUCGGAGAGCCCACCAUUUGAGAAACCCAGCAUUGAGCAGGGGGUAAAUAACUUUGUGCAGUACAAGUUUAGCCAUCUCCCUUCCAAAGAGCGACAUACCAUUGUGGAGCUGGCUAAGAUGUUCCUUAACCAGAUCAACUACUGGCAGCUGGAGACACCAUCACAAAGAAAACAGCGGGUCCCUACUGAUGAUGGCUACAAAGUCAACUACACCAGGUGGCUAUGCUACUGUAACGUACCACAGUUCUGCGACAGUCUGCCGCGGUACGAGGCCACACAGAUUUUCGGCCGCACACUGCUGCGUUCUGUCUUCACCAUCAUGCGGAAACAACUGCUGGAGCAGGCCAGGCAGGAAAAAGAUAAACUUCCUCCAGAAAAACGAACACUCAUCCUCACACACUUCCCCAAGUUCCUGUCCAUGUUGGAGGAGGAGGUAUACAGUCCAAAUUCUCCAAUUUGGAGUGAAGACUUUAUGGUUAGCUUAACUGGCGGACAGAUCCCUAGAGUUAUCAGUGCACCUCAGGUCUCCAGGCCACUCUAUUUCACCAAUAAUCCUUCCCCUGUGGAGGCGACAGGAGGUGGUCAAAGUCCUGCACUUAAAACUGCAUCAGCUCUGGAAGCCAAUACAGGUGGCGAAAAACGGAAGGCCUUAGAACCUUUGUGUAAUGAAGACAGUAAGAAAGCACGGGUGAUUGGUGACAUUCCCAUGGAGCUGAUUAAUGAGGUCAUGUCCACUAUCUCAGACCCUGCAUCCAUGCUCGGUCCAGAGACAAGUCUUCUAUCAGCUCAUUCUGCACGAGAUGAGGCUGCACGAAUAGAGGAGCGGCGAGGAGUGAUUGAGUUCCAUGUCAUUGGUAACUCUCUAAACCAAAAACCCAACAAGAAGAUCCUGAUGUGGCUGGUUGGCCUUCAGAAUGUCUUUUCCCAUCAGCUACCCCGCAUGCCCAAAGAAUACAUCACACGCCUUGUUUUUGAUCCAAAGCACAAGACACUGUCUUUGAUUAAGGAUGGGCGUGUGAUUGGAGGAAUCUGCUUUAGGAUGUUUCCUUCUCAAGGCUUCACAGAGAUUGUUUUCUGUGCAGUAACCUCAAAUGAACAGGUUAAGGGUUAUGGAACUCACCUGAUGAAUCAUCUAAAAGAGUAUCACAUCAAACACGAGAUCCUCAACUUCCUGACAUAUGCUGAUGAGUAUGCUAUUGGCUACUUCAAAAAACAGGGAUUCUCUAAAGACAUUAAGGUACCCAAAUCCAAAUAUGUGGGCUAUAUAAAAGAUUAUGAAGGAGCCACGCUCAUGGGCUGUGAACUUAAUCCCAGCAUACCAUACACAGAGCUCUCUGUCAUCAUUAAGAAACAGAAAGAGAUCAUUAAGAAGCUGAUAGAGAGGAAGCAGGCACAUAUACGUAAGGUGUAUCCGGGUCUCUCCUGUUUUAAGGAGGGUGUUCGCCAGAUUCCCAUCGAAAGCAUUCCAGGCAUACGUGAAACAGGCUGGAAACCUUUGGCAAAAAGCAAAGAGGUGAAAGAUCCAGAUCAGCUGUACAGCACCUUAAAGAACAUUUUACAGCAAGUCAAGUCCCACCAGAAUGCAUGGCCUUUUAUGGAACCUGUAAAGAAGAAUGAAGCACCUGGUUAUUACCAAGUCAUUCGCUUUCCUAUGGACUUAAAGACCAUGAGUGAACGCCUGAAGAGUCGUUAUUACACCACAAAGAAGCUGUUCAUGGCAGAUAUGCAGCGGAUUUUUACUAACUGUCGAGAGUACAACCCUCCUGAAAGCGAGUACUACAAGUGCGCCAACCUGCUGGAAAAGUACUUCUAUGUUAAAAUCAAAGAGGCUGGUCUUAUAGACAAGUUUAAUUUAGUUUAAGUACCAGUCUCCUCUUUCUUUUCCUUUCUUGCACUUUAUUUUCUAUAGCACUUGUCAAAUAUUGAUGUUGCAAGGAAGGCAAUGCUCUUCCUAACACUUAUAUAUACAAACAGGGGCCAUAUGUGUGAAAGUGUAUAAAAGUGUAUACAUGUAUUUUUUUGAUUUAGCCCAAAUUUGGGGUUCUUCAAAAAGUUUCCACACUUUAUUACUCUAUUUAUUAAGAAAUUUCAAAAACAAACUACAUCACUUUUCUACAUAGUCACCUUCCAAUUCAUUUUCCCAGCGUCGUCCCAACUUUUCAAUGCCAUCAGCAAAAAAUGUUUUUGGUUGAACACGUAGCCACUGAUGCACCACUGCUUUCACAUCAUCAACACAUGAAAAUCUUCUUCCCCUUAAAGCUUCUUUGAGCGUCCUAAAAGGUGGAAAUCAGAUGGCGCUAAAUCUGGACUAACAGCUCUCUCAGUCUCUCAGACACGACCAAUUACUACUACUCCCGCCCUCACCGUCUCCAACAAAAAAUAUAAAACAGUGGAAACUUUUUGAAGACCCCUUGUACAUAUGGCCUUCUCGUCAGUGCCUAACCUCACAAAUGCUUGAGGUUGAGUUGAAUUUUUAUAAAUGUCAGUCUUUGGGUCAUUACUACACAUAUUUUGGUUCAUACAUAUCUUUUGUACAUAUGGCCCUUGGUUUCACAAUAUUGGUUGUAGCACAACAGUCACUGUCAAUCUACAGAGCUUCUGAUGUAUUAAAGAAAGAAUAAUGUGGGGGGUGUGAGUGUGAUCCUGUGUACAUAAUAUACCAACUUUUUUAAAUAGCUGUAUAUUUUCUAUGGUUGGUAGACUUUCGGGUCAAGUAGGCGCAUCUGCUUUAUACUUAUACAAGCAAUGAUACUAAAAAAGCCACAUAACUGUGCUUUUGUUUUUUUAUUUUAAAUUUGCAUUUAUUUCAUAUUUAAUAAACAAAAAUGUGACAUAGGUUCCUGGUAGAAAUACCAGGGUGUUGGUACAUGCUUUGGAAAGCAAUGAUUAAAAAGUCUUAAGACUUUUAUGACUGUGUUUGGUCAGUUAGCCAGAUGAUGGAAAGAUAACUUUGUGGUUCAUGGCAAGAUGUGCAAUAACUCAUAGAUUUGAUGUUUUGUAAAAUGUUUGUACUUUGAAAUAUUUACAUAGAGAUGUACUUUGUACUGUCAUAUUUUAUAGAAUUAUUAAAUCUUUAGACC